AUGGCCAUGCUUGUGACCUUUUGCCAGUCUUCUCACGGCAGCUGGAGUCCGUGCGCUGUGAAGAAGACUAUGAUCACGACGAUGGACCGCCCAGAUUUGAGACGGGGAAAAGACUGGAUGACCCUGCAUCCCAGAGGCGUCGGAAUAACGAUGCGCACAGGGGUCCUUCGACGGGACGGCCCCCUGACCGGUUGCCAUGAAGUCAGUUAUUGGGUUCCGUUCCAGUGGGAUCAUCCCGAGGCAGAAGGGCAUGGACCCCGCUGGGACACGGUAGGAGCGGCACAUAUUUACAAGUGCUCAUUCGACGUUAUUGGCUUGGACGAAGACACCUACGAAGUCAAGGACUACGCCCAGAUCUUAUCUUUAAAUGCCAUAGGAGAUCCGACAACCAUCGCCUUCCAGGACCACGGUGUCAACUAUGAUCGUGGUGGCGACCCUGCCAAGGGUUCAUCGUCUAAGCAGGGCGAAGAUUGGGGUACGGACGUCAGCAAACUCUCGAGCCGUGAACUCUCACGGCUACACGUUCUGGCCGGUGUUCUCCGCGAGAGCGGUGCAGGGUAG